AGCCUGAGCGCCGGCAAAGCACUCCCGAGCGCCUCGCCAGCCCAGUGGGUCUCUGGGCUGCUGGAAGGUCUGGCUGCGGAAAGGCAGGAAGACGCGGCAAGCCCCGGAGGAGCACUGUUGCUGCUGCUGCUGGCGUCUGGCUGGCAGCAUCCCUGGACGGGCUCUUCCGCCGAAACCUCAGCGCCCUCGCUCCCCUCCUCCCUGCCCGGCGACCCCCCCCCCCCCAAGAUGAAGUCCUCAGACAUUGACCAGGAAUUAUUCACAGAAAGCUACUGCAAAGUGUGCAGCGCGCAGCUCAUAUCUGAAUCUCAGCGCGUGGCCCAUUACGAGAGUCGGAAACAUGCCAGCAAAGUCCGGCUUUACUACAUGCUCCACCCGAUCGACGGGGGCUGCCCUGCGAAGAAGUUGCGAUCUGAAAAUGGCAGUGAUGAAGACUCCGUAGAUAAGAACAAGUGCUGCACGCUCUGUAACAUGUCCUUUACUUCAGCGGUCGUGGCUGAGUCACACUAUCAAGGGAAAAUCCAUGCCAAAAGAUUAAAGCUGUUGCUCGGGGAGCAGCCGACAUUAAAGGCCACAGAGACCAACUUGAGUUCCCUCAAGCAGCCCCACGUGGACAGCUCUCCAGUGGCAUCUCCACCCCACCAGAGAAGAGACUCUGACAGGUACUGCCAGCUCUGCGCGGCUUGGUUUAAUAACCCCAUUAUGGCGCAGCAACACUAUGAUGGAAAAAAGCACAAAAAGAACGCAGCCAGGGCUGAUUUACUAGAGCAACUAGGAAAGACGCUGGAUCUAGGAGAGCUAAGAGGUCUGAAACGCAGCUAUACGUGUAACAUCUGUAACGUCACUCUAAACUCAAUAGAACAGUAUCACGCACACCUGAAAGGCUCCAAACAUCAAACCAACCUGAAGAACCAAUAGAAGAUCAUCAAAGCCAGUAAAAUGUACCUGUGGUUUCUUCAACAGAGAAGAGCCCUUUGUUUGUGGACUGGAUGCUUUCUUGGACAAUGGGGCUUCCCUCUGUGGCGUCAUUAAUGUAUAGCUAAUCUUUGCUUUGGACAAUGAAUGGAAUUUGCUUUUAUUUUUAUUUUGUGGUGAGUAACCAGAUUCAGAUGGAUUUUUUUACCCUUUGGAGAUAGAUUCUAUAUAUUCGGCAUAAAAUCAAGAGUAUGUUUUAAAAUGUAAGAUAUAUAAUAUCACUCAUCAGAGAAUGUUGGAAUAAAAUAUUUUUUUCUUUUUUCAUAUUUAUUCUUAGAUUUCUUCAGAGAGUAUAAGAUCCUAUUAAAUUAUCCAUGAUUGUGAUGUAAGUAAACAAGUCUUCAGCAAGAAAUAAACAUGAUAUCUUCACCAA